AUGGCCGCCUUCGAGCCCCUCGUCGCGCUCUACGCCAAGGCCACGUCCGAGGCCGAGACUGAUGCGCGCAAGAGCGCCGCCACCGAGCUCGCCGAGGCCAUCAAGGGCCAGGGCGUCGCGGCGAUCAUGUCGAUGGCGCUCCCGGCCAAGGUCAUGGCCUCCCUCGCCGAGGCGAAGAACGUCGCGGCCCGCGAGGGCGCCGUCUUCGUCGUCCACGAGCUGCACAAGGCGCUCGGCCUCCACUCCGAGCCCUACUUCAUGCUCAUGCUGCCCGCGCUCAUCGAGCGGUACGACGACAAGGUCAAGGGCGUCGCGGCGGCGGUCGACGCGUGCCUCAUGGCGUUCUUCCAGGCGGUGAACCCCUACGCGGCGGCGACGCUCCUGCCCCACCUCUUCACGGGCAUGUCGACGAUCUCGUGGAAGACGAAGGUCGGGUGCCUCAAGCUCCUCGGCGCGCUCGCGCACACGGCGCCGACCCAGGUCGGCCAGCUCCUCCCCGAGAUCGUGCCCAAGGUCACGGAGAACAUGUGGGACACGAAGCCCGAGGUCAAGCAGGCGGCCAAGUCCUCCCUCGGCGAGUGCUGCACGGUCAUCCACAACCCCGACGUGCAGCCGAUCGUGCCCGUGCUCAUCUCGGCGAACGCGAACCCCAAGGAGAACGUCACGGCGCUGGACCGCCUCAUGGGCACGACGUUCGUGUCCCAGGUCGACCGCCCGACGCUGGCCAUCAUUGUUCCCGUCCUCGGCCGCGGCCUCCGCGACCGCGACGUGCAGAUGAAGCGCAAGUGCUGCGUCGUCGUCGACAACAUGUGCAAACUCGUCUGCGACGCCAAGGACGUCGAGCCCUUCAUCGACAAGCUCCUGCCCGAGCUCAAGCGCGUCGAGGAGGAGGUGCCCAUCCCGGAGAUCCGCGCGUACGGCGCGAAGGCCAAGGCGACGCUCGUCAAGGCCAUCAAGGACGGCGGCGGCAAGGUCCCCGCCGAGUUCGAGUAG